AAGUUAAAGUGGUCGUAGUUAAGUCUUUGUAGGAGAGGGGCGAGGGGGUUUAAACCUUUUUGUUAAUUAGUCUAUGGCUGCCGUUGAGACCAACCGAGAUUAUGGGUUUGGUUCCGAUUUGCCUAUUUUCACACAUGAGAGGAGGACUAAUUCGAAGCGCGCGGCGAUGUUAUGGGGUUCCUGCACUUCGCCGGCCGACAUCAAUCUCACACUCUGAGCAAGUCGAGAAAGAAGGAAGUAAGUUGAAGGUUAAUAAAGCAUUGGGAAUAAACGAAAUUGGGGUUUUGCAAGUACUGACUAGUUUGAAGGAUCGUCCUUACCGUGCUUUAUCGUUUCUGAAACGAAUUGAAGGAAACAGAGAUUUGCUUUGUGUCCAAGCUUAUGCCACUGUUAUCAGAACCCUGUGCAAUUGUAGUAGCUGUCGUUUAGAUCAGAAGCUGGAUCAGUUGCUCAUGGAACUUAUUAAGAAAGGAGAUGAAGCACGUGGUUUUAGCGUGAGGGAUUUGUUGAAUGCAAUUGAAGAAGAAGAGGGAGAAGGAGAAGGAGAAGGAGAAGGAGAAGGAGAAGAAGAAGAAGAGGGUUCAUCAUCGCUGAUGUUGAGCAGGCUCUAUGGUUCAUUGGUUAAAGCUUAUGCUAAUCUCAACAUGUUCGGCCAAGCUAUCGAUAUUUAUUGUUAUUCCUUACCAUGUACGCGUUCGUUGAAUUUCAUCAUUACCCGUCUGAACGCUUGUGGGGAACACGAUAUGGCUCUGUCUAUCUUCCGUAAAUACGGUUCGGUUGCGGGUGAUGCGGAUGAUACUCGCGUGCUGGUGGUCCAGGCAUACCGCAAAGUGGUCGUUCGUUUGUGUCACGAGAUGAAAAUGGACGAGGCUGAAGAGCUUGUCGACGACAUGGAGAAGAAGAAACGCGGGAUUGGUCAGGACGUGUGUGUUUACUCCGCCAUCAUCGAAGCACAUCGCAAGACCAUGAACUUCCCUAGAGCUUUGCAGUUUUUCAACGACGUUGUGGUGGGGAAAGGUGAGAGAAAAAUGAAGAUAAACCGUGUGAUCGCGAGCUCCAUCCUCGAGUGCUGCUGUCACAUGGGCAAGUUCGAAGAAGCUUACGAUCUCUUCAAGCAGUUUCGUGACUUGAACGUUUCGCUCGACAGGGUUUGCUACAACGUGGCGUUCGAUGCUUUGGUGAAGCUUGGUCAAAUGCAAGAGGCUAUUGAGUUGUUCAGAGGAAUGACGCGUAAAGGGAUAUCUCCUGACGUCGUCAACUACACGACUCUGAUUGGUGGUUGCUGUGCGCACGGCAAAGUCGACCAAGCGCUUGAUCUGGUUAUGGAAAUGGAAAAAAAUGGUAUAACGCCUGAUAUCGUCACGUACAACGUGCUCGCCGGUGGGAUAGCUAGGAACGGCGAUUUAACGAGCGUAAACAGAACGCUAGAACUGAUGGAAAGCCGAGGUUUAAAGCCCACUAACCUCACACACAACAUGGUCAUCCAAGGCCUGGUUGUUGCAGACAAAACAGAGGAGGCUGAUGCUUACUACAAGGGUUUGGAACAUGAUAGGGGAUCAUAUGACGCAACUUUCAUAAAAGCUUAUUGUAAAACUGGUCGUCUGGAUGAGGCCUUUGAACGAUUCAAUAAGCUGAACUUCCCUCUUCCCAAGAAUGUCUACUUCAUACUAUUCAGUAGCCUUUGCGCCAGUCAGGGUCAUCACAUCUACAAAGCUCAGUUAGUACUGAACAGAAUGUACAAACUUGGAGUUGAGCCUGGGAAGAGCAUGCAUGGGAUCAUGAUCGGAGCUUGGUGCCGAGUUAGGAAUGUUGUAAAUGCACGGAGGAACUUCAAAGUUUUACUUAAUUCUAGAGAGAUUACCCCUGAUAAGUACACUUACACAACCAUGAUCAACAACUACUGCCUGAUGGAGCGAUUUGACGAAGCCUGUGUUUUUUUUAAAGACAUGAAAAAGAGAAGAGUGGUUCCUGAUUUGGCAACGUACACAGUUUUCGAAGACCAUAGUCCGAUACAUGAUAUCAUGAGAGAAAUGAAAGCCCGUAACUUCGAACCAGACCUUCACUACUACACGUUUUUGAUUCAUAAGGAGUGCGAGAAGGGGGGCGUUGAAAAUGCGGAAUAUAUCUUUCGUCACAUGGUUGAAAACGGGGUGGAGCCUGAUGAUGUGGCCUACGCAGCGCUAAUAAAUUGUUAUUGCAAGAAUGGAUGUGAAGAUAAGGCGCAGAAACUUAUUCAUGAGAUGAUGGUGGGAAAGGGGAUGACGCCAUUUGAAUCUUGCAUGGUUACAUAUGCUCUACUUAAGCAAAAGAUGGUGGAAAAUGGGAUGAUGACGCCAUUUAAAGCUUGUGAGGAUCUUUAUGCACUUAUUCAUGAGAUGUUGGAAAAGGGGAUGAGGCCAUCUAAAGCUUGCGUGGAUCUCUAUGUUAUGCUUAAACAAAAGAUGGUGCAGAAUUUGAUGAUAACGCCAGCUAAAGCUUGCGAGGAUCUUUAUCCACUUAUGCAAGAGAUGAUGGAAAAGGGAAUGAAGCCACCUGAGCCUUGCAUGGAUCUCUACGUUAGGAUUAAACAAGAAUCGGUGGAAACUAAGAGGAUGACGCCAUCUAAAGCUUGCGAGGAUUUAUAUCUACUUAUUCAAGAGAUGUUGGAAAAGGGGAUGACGCCACCUGUAGAUUGCAAAGUGCUAUUUGUUAAACUUAUUGGAGAGAUGAUGGAUGAUGUGGUGAAGCCACCUGAAGCUUGCAAAUAUCUCUAUGUUAUAUUUAUUCAAGAGAUGGUGGAGAAUGGGAUGCUGGCAGAGAAGGCUUGCAAAGAGGUAUAUGUUACACUUUUUAAAGAGAUGAUGGUGGAAUAUGAGAUGAGGCCACCUGAAGCCUGCGGAGAUCUUUAUGUUGAAUUUUUUGGUGAGAUGGUGGAAAUGGGGGAGAGGACACCUAAAGCUUACAUGGAUCUAUAUGUAAAACUCACUCAAGGGACGGUGGAAAAUGGGAUGACGUAGCUGUGGGAUGAUACACUAAUGGCCAUGAGGGUUUCUCGCAGAUUCUCUGUCAGAUAUGUAACAGUUUGUAACGGUUAAUAUAUAGAGUGUUCUUUUACAUCAUCUACUUGUUGAACACAUGUUUUAGUUGGUAAUUUAGGUGCUGUGCCAAGUUCAUAGAGUGUUCUUUUCAUUUUCAUACAAAUUUGGAUUGGUUUUCUA